GCAGCAGAUUAAAUCGAUACAGCAGCUUCAGUCCAUCUUAUCAGUUUGGGGCAAAACAAACCAAAUACGUUACCUUUGUCUUAAAAAUUUUUUCAACAUUUUUUCAUAAUACGAAAAUGUUCUUCCGCACGGUAGUCGUUGUACUCUGCUUAGUUGCACAAGCGUUUGCCUGGUACGGCAAUAAUUUCGGAGGAUUUGGAGGGUUCGGAGGUGGUUAUUAUGGUGGUAAUUAUGGCAACAACUGGGGAGGAAGCAACGCAAAUGCGCUUGGUGGUGCUUCCGCGCUUUGGGGCAAUGCCGCAACAAGAAAUACGGCCUACACCAACUCAAAUCCAUGGGGUUCCAGUGGUUAUGCAAAUAACUGGUCUGGUGCGUCCGGAUUAGGAGCCAAUGCCUUUGGAGCAGCGAUGAGCAAUAGUAAUUACGGGAACAACUAUGGAAGAUGGGGAGGCUAUUACUAUAGACGAUAACUUAUUUCUAGACACUUUAUUAGAGUUAAUCCAGUGUUUGUGUGCAUAUCUAUAUAUGCAUCCAAAAAUUAGUGUACAACUGAGACACAAUGAAACACAGCUCGCUUUUGUUUUGCAACGCUUAUACUGACAUCUUAUGGGCGCGAAUUAUGAACGUACAAUAUGUUAUUGUUUUUGUUUCUGUGGAUUAAAUAUUAAAACUAUCGGGCAUUA